AUGUCGACCAUUCAACAGCUCAAGAACUUUAUUCGCCAUGGCAAGCAAGCACGCACUGCCAACUUCGCCGAAGAACAACGCAAGAGUGACGCCCCUCCCCAGUCCGUACCACAGCCGCCCCCAGAAAAGUCCGUGGCAACAGGCCCCCUGAAAAUCGACGAGGCGAAUCUGGCCCAGAUCAUUGCCGAGGAGAAUGCCAGCAAGAGCAAGUUCCCCAAGUAUCCCGAUCUAGACCGCUGGGAGCUCCUCGAGAAGAUGGGUGAUGGCGCCUUCAGCAAUGUCUAUCGUGCGCGCGAUUUGCAAGGAGAACAUGGCGAAGUGGCCAUCAAGGUCGUGCGCAAGUACGAGAUGAAUCGCAUGCAACGCUCCAAUAUCCUCAAGGAAGUCCAGAUCAUGCGCCAGCUUGAUCACCCCAACAUCAUCAAGCUCAUCGAGUUCUCCGAGUCCAAGCAGUACUACUACAUCGUUCUGGAGCUCGCCCCCGGCGGCGAGCUGUUCCACCAGAUCGUACGCCUGACCUACUUCAGCGAGGAACUCUCUCGCCAUGUCAUCGUGCGAGUCGCCAGAGCGCUCGAAUAUCUGCACGAGGAGAAGGGCGUUGUUCAUCGUGACAUCAAGCCGGAGAAUAUCCUCUUCAACCCGAUACCGUUCAUUCCGUCCAAGCACCCGAAGCCGAAGCAGCCUGGAGAUGAGGACAAGGUUGACGAGGGCGAGUUCAUCCCCGGCUUGGGAGCCGGCGGCAUUGGCGAGAUCAAGAUUGCCGACUUUGGCCUGUCCAAGAUCGUCUGGGAGGCACAGACCAUGACGCCUUGUGGCACCGUUGGCUACACUGCGCCCGAGAUCGUCAAGGAUGAGCGAUACUCCAAGUCGGUGGACAUGUGGGCGCUCGGCUGCGUGCUUUACACCCUGCUCUGCGGAUUCCCGCCCUUUUACGAUGAGAGCAUCGAGGUGCUCACCGAAAAGGUUGCCAAGGGCCAGUACACUUUCCUGUCACCAUGGUGGGACGAAAUCUCGUCUUCGGCUAAGGACCUCAUCAGCCACCUGUUGACAGUGGAUCCUGAGAAGCGUUACACCAUUCGAGAAUUCCUCGCCCACCCCUGGAUCCAGGAGGUUGGACCGACGCCUCGAGACGAAAAGGCACCGGGCAUGGUGCCGCUCAAGCAGUUCACCGCCACCCAGUUUGAAGAAAACGGAAAGCGGUACGACUUCCGAUCCCCCGCUGCCGUCAACCUUCGCGAGGUGUUCGAUGUCAGCUAUGCCGUCCACCGCCAGGAGGAGGAGGCCAAGAGAAGAGCUCAGCUUGGAGCCCGGGCCGGCGGUGCGGGACGUCCUCUGGGUGGCCUCAACGAAGAGGAAGAAGAGGACGAGGAAGAAGAGGAUAGCGACGUCGACAACAUGGACGUCGACAAGGAAUCCGCCGACAACAACAAGACGCGGGCUCUGGAACAGAGCAUGCAGAGAGCCAAAAUCCAGGACCAUGACAACACCCAGACCCGUGGUCGCGAGCGGGAACGAGCUGGCGAGAGAGGCUAUGGGCAGCAUUCGGCCGCCGUGACCGCUGCCGCACGCCAGCAGGUGCGCGAGAGGCAACGUCAAAAGGGCGCGUUUGAGCUCAAUCUCGACAAUGCAACGCUGCUGGGCAAGCGAGGCAAGAAGGUUCCCGUCAUGGGAGCAUAGGGGCUCAACUUGGAUGGAUCAUCGAGGCCUGCAACGCCAAAAGAUGUAGCCGCCGUGGACGGCAUAUUCGACAUGGAUAUGUCGCCCGGUGCGAGCGAGGCUGCGGGGCCGGCUGACGGGCGCGACUCCAUGAUACGCGACGUUUUACAAUCCGGCAUUGAGAGCGCGGCGGAUCACGAGGAAAACGUGCUCGUCGCAUCACACAGGGCGCACACGGCUUGACGCCGUUCCAGGAGGCGUAUUGGAGUAACGAGGAAACGGGUUCGGGAAUGGUUCUGAGAGCGUCCAUUUUUAUUAUUUGCUUUAUCUUGUAUCCAACUUUGCUCCAUCCUGUAGAACAAGGCAAUGGAAAGACUAGCGGUGGAAAUUUGAAGACGAAUCGUGAUUGACGCAGCACUCGAGGCAGUCGUGGAGGUGCUUAUUCCCCAGUGACAUGCCUGGGUUU